AUGGGGGAGUCCGUAGAGACAGAACGCAAAUUGGUGGUUUCCUGGGCUGGGGGAGAGGAAGCUGGGAAUUGGAAACGGCGGCGCCCUGUGAACCUGAAGCCUGUGCCCCCGGACCCGGUGCCCCCGGACCCCGUAACCCCACACCCUGUACCCCCGGACCCUGUGCCCCCGGACCCCGUAUCCCCGCACCCUGUGCCCCCGGACCCUGUACCCCCAGACCCUGUACCCCUGGACCCUGUGACCCCGGACCCUGGACCCCUGGACCCCAUACGCCUGGACCCCAUACCCCCACACCCUGUGCCCCCGGACCCUGUACCCCUGGACCCUGUGCCCCCGGACCCCAUACGCCUGGACCCCGUACCCCCGGACCGUGUGUCCCUGGACCCUGUACCCCCGGACCCCGUACCCCUGGACCCUGUGCCCCCGGACCCCAUACGCCUGGACCCCGUACCCCCGGACCGUGUGUCCCUGGACCCUGUACCCCCGGACCCCGUACCCCCGGACCCUGUACCCCCAGACCCUGUACCCCUGCACCCUGUGCCCCCAGACCCUGUACCCCCGGACCCUGUACCCCUGCACCCUGUACCCCCGGACCCCGUGCCCCCGGACCCUGUGCCCCUGGACCCCGUGCCCCCGGACCCCGGACCCCCGGACCCUGUGUCCCUGGACCCCGUACCCCCGGACCCCGUACCCCCGGACCGUGUGUCCCUGGACCCUGUACCCCCGGACCCCGUACCCCCGGACCCUGUACCCCCAGACACUGUACCCCUGCACCCUGUGACCCCGGACCCUGUACCCCCGGACCCUGUACCCCUGCACCCUGUGCCCCCGGACCCUGUACCCCUGCACCCUGUACCCCCGGACCCUGUGCCCCCGGACCCUGUACCCCUGGACCCCGUGCCCCCGGACCCCGUACCCCCGGACCGUGUGUCCCUGGACCCUGUACCCCCGGACCCCGUACCCCCGGACCCUGUACCCCCAGACACUGUACCCCUGCACCCUGUGACCCAGGACCCUGUACCCCUGCACCCUGUGCCCCCGGACCCUGUACCCCUGCACCCUGUACCCCCGGAACCUGUGCCCCCGGACCCUGUACCCCCGGACCCUGUGUCCCUGGACCCCGUACCACCGGACCCCGUGCCCCCGGACCCCGUGCCCCCAGACCUUGGGAUGCCGGCAGCCGAGGAGGCGGGGCGCAGGGCCACUGCGGGGGCCGCUUGGGAAGCAGCUGGGAGAGGCGCGGCUGCGGGGCCCGCUGCUGGCUUCUCCCCAGGAGAAAACCCCUCUCCCCGAGGCCUGGCCUCUGCGACUGGGGCCCACUACUCUGGUGACCUCCACGCCAACGGACGUGACCGUGACCCGGGCAUCCGGGGUCGUCCGUGA